UUACUUCUUCUUAUAAUGUAAUCUCUGAUUCGGUUGCUAUAAAAGGAAAUCAUGGAAAUUUCCUUGAUGGAAAUGAAGAUCAUUUUGCAUAAAAGGUUUUGAACAUAAAGGUUCCAUCACAAGCUGUGCACAAAAGUGGGAUGCUGAAAGAAGAGAAGGUGUGAAAUAUAGAUCGCCUGAGUCUGUACAUUUAACCUUUAAAACUUCAAAGUUUACAGGUAUGUUUACUGUUGCGCUCUUUUUAAUGACAUUUUGUUUCUUGGUUGUGAUUUAACUACUGUUUUUUUACGUUGCCUCUUUUACUUGUAUAGGGUUUUUUUCUUGGACACAAAAUUUACUGAACAUUUCAGAAUCUACUUCAACUUAACAUUUGUUCCAUAUCCCAUACAGCAUUAUCAGUAAAAAGAUUAUUACAUUAUUAUUUUAAAUCUGUUUUGUUAUAUUUGAUUCUUGAUGCUUACUCUUUUUAUAAUUUAAGCUAUAAAUUAAAUAGUUUCUUUUUGCUCCACAGCUACUUGAUCAUGAUGAACAUGUUCAGUCUCCUGUGUCUGAUUGGUUUCCCAUUUGCUCUGUCCAUCCAAAAUUGGCCACAAGUUAUCCCUCAUCUCAUCAAGCAAGCAAUGACAUGGCCAAUGGCACAGAAUUACUGCAGGACAAACCACCUUGACCUUUAUACAAUUACAGAUCCAAGUGACCAACAAAAGCUAAUUAAUGCAAUGAAUAGGAAAAAUUAUUUACUGCCAGUCUGGACAGGUCUGUACAAUAUCCUGGACAACUGGUACUGGUCUUAUAAUCACUUGCCAUUGAAGAAUAUAACUCUAAGGAACUUUGAACCAGGAUACCCUGAUGAUUAUGGACUAGAUGUGUGUGGUACAAUACACCGGCAGGGAACCUGGCUGCCUCUCGAUUGCUAUAACAAUUUUCCCUUUAUUUGUUAUGAUGCAGGGAACAGUUAUGCCAACAGGUUUGUUUGCUACGUUCAGGCUACCUAUAACUGGUUUCAGGCACAGACAUAUUGCCGAACCUAUCACACAGAUUUAGCCACCACGACCACCACAGAUGACCUCACCCUUGCAGCAAAAUGCGUUCUACAAACUAACUGGAAUAUUGCUUGGUUUGGUCUAACAAGAGAAACUUGGAAGUGGUCAGAUGGAAAUGUUCCUUCAUACCUCCCAUGGGCAGUUAAGCAACCACAUAAUAAUUAUCCCUUCGAGAAUUGUGGAAUUGCACAAAACGGACUCCUCGCUAAUACUAUAUGUUCAGGCGCAAACUAUUUUGUCUGUUCUGCUUAUCUACACAGGACACAAGUACUGAAACUGCAAGUGAUGUCGGAUGUGAGUGUGCUUGACCCUGCUGUGCAGUCGACUAUUUUAGACUUGAUCAUCCAGAAACUGCAGGAAAAUGGCAUGUCGGUGAACACCACAGUAACCUGGAAGGUGCAGCCAGGCGGAAGCAUCUUUUACAAGAAGGGAAACGACAACAAAUAAGCUGCAAAUGAUCCUGGUUUUGACCAAUGCGUAAUGUGUAAUGUCUUGAAAAUAUACCUGUGAUAAUGAUUUAUUUAGAUAGAUGCAAGAAAAACAAGUAGAAUGACAUAUAAAUUAGGAAAUACAAGUAGACGACAAUAUAAGUAGUGAUAACGUAUAAUAUCUUUAAUUGAGUGAUAGAGAAGGAAUAUUUUUUUGGGAGUAGAGGUUAGAGUUAUAUGAUAUUAAUAAUAUUAUUAUAUUAAAGUUAUUGCUAGUCUAUAGACAUUCAGUAGAUGCUAUCUAUCUAUCUAUCUAUCUAUCUAUCUAUCUAUCUAUCUAUCUAUCUAUCUAUCUAUCUAUCUAUCUAUCUAUCUAUCUAUCUAUCUAUUUAUUUAUUUAUUUAUUUAUUUAAUAUUUAAAAAGAGGAACCAGGUAGUAGCUGUGAUGUUAAUAAUUAUCCAGUCUGUAGUUAUUGCACAUGCUCUUAACUGUUAUGUUCAUUUCCCAUGACAUUACAUUACAGUAGUGACCUUUACCACUUUACCACAUCCACUAACAUGCUUAUUACAGCUAAGGUUAUAUCAAUGAUUGAGCCUUUCAUUCACAUAUUACCUACCAUUUGUAUA